UUCAACUGAUUCACCACCAAGAUUGCUCCCUGAGCAGUUGGGUAUUUAAUGAUGUUACACAGGGCAGCAAUGAUCAAAUGUGAAUUUCAAUACAAAGCAGCAAAUCACACAACUCUGGCAAGCUACAGUGCUCAGGAGUUUGGAUUACAGGAACACAUAACUAAACCCAGCUUCCUGAGUACAGUAAACUUUCGUUGGUUUGGUUCUGAUUUUUCUUUUGGUUUUCCCACUGUUUCACUACCCUGAUGAGAUACUGUAAUUUCUUGUGCCCUCUAGAGAUGAGGAAGACUAAACACAGAACAGAAACCAAAGGAGGGAAAGGAACUCAUCAUUCUGGCACAAAGAAAAAGGAGAAACCGCCCUCGAGCCAGAGUGUCCAUGUCAAUGGAGUGGCAACAGAGUCUAAACCAGCUGUCAAACGAAGCCAAAAGACUGCAAAGAAACCAGGGGGAAAGAGUGGGAAAGAGGGGUCCAAGAAGAAUCACAGCUCCUCAGUCCACUCCCCACCCACUGCUAUGAGCCCACCCAUGGGACCCCACUAUCUGGACGUACCAUACAGAUCAGACAGGAGGCCCUACCUAGGCAAGUCCUCCACCCUUCCUGCACAGGAGAACACAACCCCGGGCCGCUGCAUGGACAUGGCCAGCCUACCUGGUGGUGCAACGCCGACCCACACCUACCACCAGCGGUGGAGCAACCCAGGUGAGAGCAGCCCUGCCUGGGGCACCAUCCAGCACACCUGUCGCAGGCCGCUCACAGAGUAUCGCGUGUACUCCCAUGACUUCACUGCACCUAAUGGGAAGGAGUGGGAGGAAAGACAGCAGCAGGAUGACAGCUUGAAACAGGACUGUAAACCCCAGAUUCCCCCAAAGGUGCCACGGUCCAUCACUGAUGUGGAUCUCUCAGAGCCAAAUGUGAGUUUAUGGUUGUUUUUUUUAACACGUAUAGUUCUAGGUGCUUGAGUAUGUGGUCUCACUUUGUAU